AUGUCCCCCUUCUUGAGAGUGGAUCUGAUAGAAAGAAGGGAGGCUUGGGGCCGGAGCGGUACCUGCCUUGAUAACAGCUGGAUCCACCCUGAGACCUUGACUCCCUCGUCCCCCAAAAAUCUCCAGAUCCACCUGCGCUUUGCCCACACUCGGCAGAGAGAGCUACUUCCUGUACUUUACAUUGAGUGGACAUUAAAGGGAGAUGCUAGCUUCCAAGUUUUGAAAGGCGCAGAGUUAUCUGUCUUGCAGCUGAAUACCAAUGAGCGUUUGUGUGUGAAAUUCAGCUUUCUGUCAAAAUUGGAACAUCCUGGGUGGCAUUUUAACUUCAGCCACUUUGUGGUGGAACCUGGCCAGAAGUAUGAGGUGACUGUUAGCCACCUGCCAAAAUCCAUCAUUGAUGGGGAACCAAACCAUGAGUCCAAGAGCUUUCUUGUGCCUGGCUGCGGGGACCCCAGAAUGAAGACCACCACCCCCUGUGUGAGCUCCGGCAGUCUGUGGGACCCCAACAUCACUGUGGAAUUAUUGGAGUCCCACCAGCUGCUGGUACACUUCACCUUAUGGAAUGAGUCUGCCCAUUAUCAGAUCCUGCUGCAUAGCUUUCCUCACGAAGAGAAUCGCAGCUGCUUUAAAGACGCCGUGGAUGUCCCUGCGCCCCCACAGGAGGAUUUCCAUCAGCAGACCAACGUCACGCUCAACCUGCCUGGGAGUUGGUGCUGUCGCCACCAAGUGCAGCUUCAGCCCUUCUUCAGCAGCUGUCUGAAUGACUGCAUCCGAUACUCGGUGACUCUGCUCUGCCCUGCUAGCUCAGAUUAUGAAGCUGAACCUCUGCCUGACUCUCUGCCCCUGUGGAUGUAUGGGCUGAUCACUGGCAUCGCCCUUCUGCUGGUGACCUCUGUCAUCCUGCUGAUCAUCUGCAUGACAUGGAGGCUGGCUGGGUUCCACCAUGAAACAUCAAUUGAUGCUACUAAAUCCACAGAUGUUUCGCCCUCUGCUGACUUGACCCCACCCCCACUGAAGCCAAGGAAGGUCUGGAUUGUCUACUCUGCUGAUCACCCCCUCUAUGUGGAUGUGGUCCUGAAGUUUGCCCAAUUUCUACUCACUGUCUGCGGCACUGAAGUGGCUCUUGACCUUUUGGAGGAGCAGGUCAUCUCAGAGGUGGGUGUCAUGACUUGGGUGGGCCGCCAGAAGCAGGAAAUGAUGAAGAGUGGUGCCAAGAUCAUCGUUUUGUGUUCCCGGGGAACCCAUGCAAAGUGGCAGGCCAUGCUUGGCAGGGAAGAGCCUGCCAUCCAGCUUCGCUGUGAUCACUGCAAGCCUGCUGGGGACCUGUUCACAGCAUCAAUGAACAUGAUUCUCCCAGACUUCAAAAAGCCAGCCUGCUUUGGUACCUACAUCGUGUGCUACUUUAGUUCCAUCAGCAGUGAGAGUGACAUCCCAGAUCUCUUCAACAUCACAUCUAGGUACCCGCUCAUGGACAAACUAGAGGAGGUCUACUUCCGGGUACAGGACCUGGAGAUGUUUGAACCUGGCCAGAUGCGCCGAGUUGGGGAGCUCACAGGGGAGAACUACCUGCAGAGCUCCAGUGGCUGGCAGCUGAAGGAGGCUGUGGAGAAGUUCCGGGACUGGCAGAUCCAGUACCCUGACUGGUUUGAGCGUGAGAAUAUUUGCUUGGGUGAUGAGCAGGAGCUCCAGUCUUUGGAUGAAGAAGCGUUUGAUAAGCCACUGCUACCCCUAGGAGGGGGUAUCAUUCAUCAGCAGCCACUGGUGCGGGAACCUGUGUCCCAGGACUGUCUGGUGGUAGAUCUGCUUCUUGAUGAGGAAGCAAGGGGGAUGGCAAGACUGGAACCUCAAAUGCAGCCCCUGAGACCUCUGGAAGCCCAGGCUCUUCACACUCAGGUGCUCCCUGUGGAGAAGGUCCCUCCAGUUCAAACCACAGAGCCCAUUCCUCACAGUAGGAGUAGCAUGACCAGUCAGGUGGCCUGUCCACUGCUGGAGAGCUGUGACUCUCAGCAGAACUGUGUCCUCUUAUUCCCCCAGCACACAGAGGACCUGCCUCUCUGCAGCACCCCAACAGCACCCAGCCUCCCCCUGGAUGAUGCCAGGGAGCAGCUGGAGAGCUCGGCAUUUUCCCUCUUCCAGCAGAAUCCAAACUGCCAAGCUCAGGCACUGUGGGUAAGCCUGAGAGCAGGCCUCAAAGGCCCACAUGCCCCCUCCUCUGAGGAAGAGCAGUCUGACCAGGGCUAUAUUUCCAGGAGUUCCCCACAACCCCCCGAAGGAUUUAGGGAAAUGGGAAAAGAGGGAGAAAGAAAGCCAGCUGUGACAUUGUCCCCUGAGGACCUAGAGAGCCUAAGAAGUCUCCAGCAACAGCUCUUCUUCCAAGCUCUUCAGAGGAACUCUGGCUGGGACAAUGUGGAGCCAUAGACACCAUCCACAUAAGGCUCCAGACACUGGCAUUGUGAGAGGGUUGGGUGUGUGCUUAUGUCUAUACAGGUGUGUCUGGGCAUGUCUAUGGACAUGAUCACUGUUCCCUUACAAGAAAGACAUUGACUCUUUUCCUUGGG